AUGACUACAGUGAGACUGGUGAACUCUGACAGCAGCUGCUCUGGCAGAGUGGAGAUCUUCCACAAUGGCACUUGGGGGACGGUGUGUGACGACGUUUGGGAUGUGAAUGACGCUCAGGUGGUUUGUCAACAGCUGGGCUGUGGCAGGGCUCUGUCGGCACCAGGAAGGGCACAUUUUGGACAAGGCAGUGGACCAAUCUGGCUGGAUGACCUUCAGUGUUCAGGAACUGAGUCAUCACUAACACACUGUACACACAGAGAAUUAGGAAUCCACAACUGUAGUCAUUCUGAGGAUGCUGGUGUCAUCUGUGGAGAUAUGACCACAGUGAGACUGGUCAACUCUGACAGCAGCUGCUCUGGCAGAGUGGAGAUCUUCCACAACGGCAAUUGGGGGACGGUGUGUGACGACGUUUGGGAUUUGAAUGACGCUCGGGUGGUGUGUCAACAGCUGGGCUGUGGCAGGGCUCUGUUGGCAC